CUCAGUGAAGGGCGGCAAAAACCCGAGUCGAUUGCUGAGAGAAACGAACCAGCCGAAUUCAUUGAACACGACGGCUUCUCUCACUAGCACAAAGGUGUUGAGACACUAUUUUCUUAUUAAUUUCACGUCUGUACAGUGCUGUUCAAGGCUCCAAAAAACGUGCCGUCAAUCGGGACUUGCCUGACGAGCGAUAUUUCGAGUGAGACAGUCGGCGCUGCCCGUGACAUCACUGAGCCGAAUCCCAACGGAAAAUAGCGCAGCUUUGAGUGUUCAUCAGUCUCAAAGAGUCGUAUGUUCAGAAUGGCUUCGGAAAAAGAGGCGAACAGAAUCCACCUUCAGGAGUUUCUGGACAGACCGGGAAAUGAGUGCUGCGCUGACUGCAGUGCUCCAGGUCCAGAGUGGGCAUCCUUCACCUUGGGAGUCUUCAUGUGUCAGAGCUGCUCAGGCACCCAUCGCAGCAUUCCUCAGAUCAGCAGAGUUAAAUCUGUCUUCCUUGACCCCUGGGAGAAAGCAGAGGUGGAGUUGAUGGCCUCCAUCGGGAACAGUUCUGCCAAAGCCAAAUAUGAACAGACGGUGCCAGCAUUCUAUUACUCCCCAACACAAGCAGACUGCCAACUGUUACGGGAACAGUGGAUCCGUGCCAAAUAUGAGAGGAAGGAGUUUGUUUAUGUGGACAGGCAAGAGCCAUACUCAGCAGGUUACCGGGAGGGGUUUCUAUGGAAACGAGGGCGGGACAACGGCCAAUUCCUGAGUCGAAAAUUUAUUCUCUCGGAAAGAGAGGGAGCAAUGAUGUAUUUCAACAAGCAUGAUGCUAGGGAGCCCAAGGCUUUGAUGAAGAUCCAAACCAUUAAUGCCACCUUUCAGCCGACCAAGAUUGGCCACCCUCAUGGGCUACAGAUCACAUACCUGAAGGACAACAGCACCAGGAAUAUUUUUGUAUAUCACGAGGAUGGAAAGGAAAUAGUCGACUGGUUCAACGCGAUACGAGCUGCUAGGUUCCAUUACUUACAAGUUGCUUUUCCUGGAGCUCCUGCUACUGAACUGGUGCCCAAACUGACAAGGAACUAUAUUAAGGAGGGUUACAUGGAGAAGACAGGACCAAAGCAAACGGAGGGUUUUAAAAAACGCUGGUUUACCCUGGAUGACAGGAGACUCAUGUACUUUAAAGACCCUUUGGAUGCCUAUGCACGAGGAGAAGUGUUCAUUGGUUGUAAGGAAAGUGGCUACACCGUAGUAGCAGGCCUGCCCCCCUCCACGCAGGGCUACCACUGGCAGUUUGGCAUCACCAUUGUGACACCAGACAGAAAAUUCCUCUUUGCCUGUGAGACAGAAGAGGAACAGAAAGAGUGGAUAGCUGUAUUUCAGAGUGUCAUCAACAGACCCAUGCUACCACAAGAUUAUGCAGUGGAGGCACACUUCAAGCAUAAGCCCUGAUCGUUUAUGGGAAUCAAGAGCUCAGAGAUGCUAUGAAAGCCUGUAGCAAUGCACAGCACUAAAGCCUAUAAUGAGGAGUGGAGAGAGACAGCAAUGAAACAGCAGCUCCAGAGCACUCAGACUGGGCUGACACAAUGACCGUGCAAAUGCUGCUUCAAAAUACUGCACAAUAGCACAUCCAUGGUUCAUCCCAGUUUCUUCAAGUCAAUCAUAAUUCUUUAAAGUCCUUUCUGGCAAAGAUGUCAUUUAAUGCUGACAUUCAGGAAAAGUGACUCAGAAAUUAACAGGGGCCUUAUUUAUUUAAAAAAAAAGUGUGCAUACACACAAAAAGGGGGGGGGGCAAAUUUAUAAACCUUGCAUACACCUACAUGUCAUUUCAGCUUUAUAAAAUCAGUCUCCUUGAAAAUAUGCACAUGUGAAAAGGCCUCUUGUGCCCAGUUACUGCCUACAAAUAUCCAUAAAUAAGAAAUGCAGAUGACCUCAUACAUAUUUAACUGUGGAGUGUCCCAUUGAUUUUUGAGUGAGGUAGCAUUAACAAUGCCACAGAGAAGAGCAAAAAAGAGUGUUGGGUAUGCUGGGGAAUGCAAAUUGUAAGUAAGACAAUUACCUCUAAAAGUUGAUAAACUUCAAAAACUAAAAGGGAUUAUGUCCAAAACAAAAUGUGAAAUUAAAACAGUUUAGCAAAAUAUAGCUUUGCGCCAUUCUCAGCUAUUCGCAGUUGACGCAUUACGUCCUUCAAGAUUAUGCUCGUCUGGUGGAUGGAGAUGUGAAUCAGUUAAUUGAGUUCCUGGUUAGGGUAGAUGAGGACCGGGAGCUAUGCCAUCUUGUGACACACAGUACAUGUCCUCACAAUCUGGCAGACCUUUUUUCGUUGGUGUAGCAGUCUUCUACCAGGAGCAGUCUCCUUCCUGAAACCUCAUCUUCCAUAUCUAGACCACACCAUUGCUCUUUAAGCAGGCCAGUGGUGCAGUCUGAACACACACAAGAGAGUCCAUUAUUAUAGCAUCUGUCAUCUAUGCUCUGUGAGUUUAAGAAUAAAAAAGGGCUUGUUCACUUAUAGAAUUAAAUUACUUUCAGUUGAUGAAAUUCUGACUAAGCGCCUAUAGCAACGUGAGGGCAGUCAUUUUCAUGUGGGAAAUUGGGUAUUGCUGCAAAUUGCACUUUUGUGUUGGUCUCUUCGCUCAAUGUGUAAGGAACUCUGACAUACCAAUUUCGCUGAAAUGAUAGUACAACGGCAUAUUAGGGCAAUUAUAGGUUUAAAAAAAAAAACAAGCUGAGGUGUUGGGUAAUAUUCUGAGGGGGAAAAAACCCUCAGAAUUUUCAAGAUUAGUCCUACAUUUACGAGAAAAAAACUCAGAUAUUUUCUGAGAUUAUAAAGUCACAAAUUUAUGAGAAAAACUCAUAUUUUUAGAUUAAAAAGACAAAAAUUUAUGAGUAAAAACUCAGAAAAAUAGUCAAGGAACCUGAUCGCUUCACUUUGCAAGAUUGGAUCAACAACACCACACUACAGUUGCCAGAGCUGAGCCAAGAGUUAUUGAGGUAUUUCACCUGACGUCACAGGGUCACGUGACGCCCCGGUGUCCGCCAUUUUGAACGUCAAGCUAGCUAAUGUCAACAACAGUAGCUGGUAUGU